AUGAAUAGACUAACGCAAAAUGGAUAUGAAUCCAACCAUAUGUAUCGCAGUAUGACAGGAUGCGGUUUUCAACAAGAAAUGUCACUCCCGGUCUUGACCUACCAUCGCGCUGGAGAGCUGCCAGUACCAGCAUCCAUCAGCGUUAAUGAAGCCUCGGAAGGUCUCAAAGAGGGACUGGCUGCCCCCAAAACAAGUACUGAUGAGAGAGUUCGAAUCAUCAGGCCAGCAAAGCUCAGACGGCGACCAAAGCCAGCAAAGGCUGACAAAGGAGAUGGACCGACCAUCGAUGCACCACUCAGCGAGCUGACGAAGAACAUGCCGCACAUCCCAAUCCGCGACAUGGAAGCUUGGGUCAACCGUCCCGUGGAGACUCGAUUGAAGGAAGUAAAGAUGAAGAACGGUAAGAUCGCACGGCCAAUGAACUCAUUCAUGCUCUAUCGAUCAGCAUAUGCAGAGAGAACAAAACAAUGGUGUGCGCAGAACAACCAUCAAGUCGUCUCACGAGCUUCUGGGCAGAGCUGGCCACUUGAGCCCCGAGAGAUCCGAGAUCUAUAUGAACGAUAUGCCACCAUCGAGCGAGAUAACCACCACAAAGCUCAUCCAGACUAUAAAUUUGCGCCAAACAAGAACCAGGGCACGAUCAAGAAUCAGGGAAAUACCAAAAACCAGGGCUCUGCGAGCAAGAGAAAGCGUUCUCAUGAGGAAGACCUCAGUGACUUUGAGGACCAAACGUUUGAUAUCACCUCUUGUCCUCGUCAACCAAAAGUACGACGCCCAUUUGGGCCCAAUUGUGAUGGUAACCACAGCAGGACUUCGACCCCAUGCGACAACGACAGCACCUAUGAAAGCCGUAAUUCUACUCCGAUGCCGCGCUCACAUAUCGACAUUUAUCCGGCUGGAGAUGUCAACCGCUCGUCUUGGGAGAUGAUCAACCCGGGUAGACCUCAUCCUGGUAUCAUAUCCCAACCUGAGCAGGCCCACUACUACCAGCCAUCAAUCCACCAGAGCCUCCUCGGAUCGAACAUUGAAGAUGUAACAUAUAAGAAAAUCGGAAUGCCAAGUGGAGUGACUUAUGACACUGCUGCUCCUAUGACCAGCAUGCCAGCUAGCGCCCAUCCAGAGCUCCUUCAACCACAGCCACUGUCCCAGAACAGGUUACCUGUCUCUAUAGGUGAAGCCCAGGUUGACCCCCAGUUGUUGGAAUUUGACCAAACAGCUACUUCUCUCCCGACAGACAAUGGCAGCAGCUUUGGGAGCCAAACCGACUUCUGGCAAUUCAACCCCGCAAGCAACCAACAUUAUGUUCACGGGUAUAUGCCUGGGGCCGAAACUGACCAGUACCACAAUACCACACUUCCACCCUCAUCAAUAGCGGCUAGUCUGAUGACAGGACGUGAGAUAUGGCCAGACGCACACGCCCUACCUCCACCAACAGGCGAGGAGUUUAACGAAUGGUUCAGUGGAUCAACCAUUCACCUUAACAUUCUCUCCUUGUUUUAUUGA